AUGCCUCCCUUUGUUGAUCGUGUCCAACUUUACGAGGCUGUGAGCAGCCAAGCCAUCCCCGUCCUGGAGGCAAUUGCAGCAAACGAUCAUCUGCGAUCGCUCCGCCGCUUUGAGCGCGAUGAUCCUCCGCCCUACGUGUCGUCAACCGAGUCGUCAGAGCAUGAAGACGUUGAUCUCAUCCCGCGACCGCGAGGCGGCCCAAUGCCAGAAGAGCUGAAAGCCAUUAUGGAACAGCCUCUCACCCAGGACGAACGCGACGAAAUUUCAGGUUUUAUGCUUAAGCUUACACGUCCCGACGACUUUUAUUACGCAGAGGCACAUCGCGAACGAAGCCGGCUCGACCGCUUUCCGCUGCCCGAGAUAUUCUUUAGAGGCCUAAAUGGAUAUCGGCGCCAGGGUGUUAUCGUUCGUCAUCUCGUCAAGCGGCGUUGGGAGAAACUCGGCGUCUGGAAUCCUAACUGGGGGUUUGCUGGGCGUAAGGUGCAACCCAGCGAUAAUUUCAAGAAUUGGACGUGGUGGUGGCAACCUAAAGGGGCGGCCGACGACCCGGAGCGCAGACGCAAGAAUGGGCGUGAGCUUGUUGCACGCGCCCUACAACUGCGCCAAAACCUGCGACGCGGCGAGCAUGCUCCUGUUUUGCCGCGAUCUCACCUGGGACAAGAUACAACUGCCGCCCAAGCUGAGGGGUUCCUUAUUUCCAGGCCGUGGUUUGUCUUUCAGAUUGAAGUAGCUGAAGAAAAUAAAAGAUACAAUCGCCUCUCCUUGGAAGAUCAAAGACGCUAUCCAUAUUCUGCCCGAAACCAAGUUCUCAAGUGGUGGCAAGAACGUGGAGACCGUGCACAUGCCUGGAAGUGGCGGCACGAGUCGCCUUCCCCCGAGCCCGAAGACCUCGCGCCUGUUAAAAAUAUGAAUAGCAGCCCGCUGGAUGUGGCCGCGGAUAUGGAGUUCACUCCUUCCGAGAUCGAUGAGUUUGAGACCAUUGCGCUCCCGAAAUCCGAACAGCCCGAGGGUUUCUGGGUUAUAGAAGAGAGCGACUGGCCACCAUUCUUUCCUGGACAGAUGCAAGACGUUGAAGCAAGGGUUAGGAAAAGCGAGAUAGAAAGGCUUGAGAGGCUUGAGAAAGCAAGAGCUGAGGGGCGCGAAAUACCGAUUGAUCCUGGCGUCAAAUUCUGCAUGGAAAAAAACUUUCCAGGACCGGGGCCGUCUCGUCUCUUCGCUCCGCCACAAGCAGUACAGCACGAAGUAUCAUCCCCAGAGGGGCAUGAGGCAUCCAUGGAGCUCCCAGAGGACGCAUCUGAACCACAACGAGACGCCGCUUGCCCUCCACCACAGAAGCGACGACGCCUGAGGCAGCAGCAAUCACGAGACGGGGUGGACGAGGCCCAAGGCCUGGACCAACCCCCUCCGCCACCGCCCCGACGCAGUGCCAGGAUCGCAGGCAUGAAACGCCCCGCGGAGCUCUUACCAUCGCAAAUGGCACCGAACAAGAGACCCAGGGGCAGAGCAGCACCAAAGGCUGCAGCACCUACCGCCCAGCCUACCUCACGGGAGACGCGUCGCACCAAGACAAACCUCGUCCCUGCACGGCCCCUAUCAAAGGAGGAGACGAAAACUCGACCGAGGCGAGGACCGGGGCGUCCGAGGAAGGCGAGCGUACCAAGCAUGCGUUCUACCGUGGGGACAAGACCCGAGAGUACACCGGCUCCGGCCGGGACGAGGAGCAGCAGGGCUGCGGGAACGGAUGCGCCGGGUAUGCCCAAGCGACGAGGGAGGCCGAGGAAGAAUGAAUGA